CUCUUCCUCCAGACCCCCAAUAUAUCGACAAUAUGCCAAUUGAUUACUCUAAAUGGGACAAGAUCGAGCUUUCUGAUGACUCAGAUAUCGAAGUCCAUCCUAAUGUCGAUAAACAGUCGUUCAUCCGUUGGAAACAACGUGAUAUCCACGAAAAGCGAGCCCAACGUAACAUUGAAAUCAAAUCCAUCCUCCUCCAAUUGACAAUGUAUCGUGCCUUGAACUUGCGUGUUGACUACCUCUUGGAAUCAUUAUCCGAAUCGCAAUUGUUGGACCAAAAAUUAGUCUUGCAAAAGUUGGACGGCCAAUUCGACAAGAAUGAGAAGUUUGACUAUGAAAAGUUAAAGCAGGAAAAAGGUGACGAAUUGAGAAAGGGAUUACGUGACUUGACCUUUGAUCAAAGUGAAAUUGAAAACACUCCUUGCUACAAUGAAAUGAUUGAUGAUUUGUUCAUCCAGAUCAAGGAUGACCAUGCCGAUGCCAAGCUGGAUGGAGCGAAGUUGAAGGGAUACCUCCAGGAACACCGUGCCAAGAUCGAUGACGUCUUGUCUAAGCAAACUAUCAAGUUGGAUGACUUGUUGUACCAGAAAUCUAUGUUAAUCAGUAGUGAUGAUAUUCAUACCGGGUUUGACCGUUCAUUCCUUAACAAGAACGACCAGGAUGAAGAUGCAGAGGAAGUACCAGCUCCAGCUGUCGCGCCAAAGCAAACCGAAACCGUUACCACGACCGAAACAAUCAACGCCUCUUCAGCUACACCUUCUGCUGCUGCUGCUGCUUCUUCUUCUACCCCCGCUGCUGCUUCUGCUACCCCCGCUGCUGCUUCUGCUACCCCUGCUGCUCCUGCCGCUGCUCCUGCUGACGACGAAACAGAUCUCCACCUCGAAAAAGCAACUGCCGAAUUCGCCAAGAUCCCACCAAAAGACCUCACCAAGAUUGCAGACUUCCUCAUCAAACACACCCAUAUCAUAUCGGAACAACAAAAAGACGCGCUUAUAAUGACCGCUUUUGACCAACAACUCGCCAAUGACUCUGCGGGUGCCUUGCAAACCAUCCACCAAUCUUUACUCCUCCAGUACAUCUCCCAACUCGCCGGCCCACACCAUAAUCGCGACCAAGCUAUUCGUGCUGUGAAGUUGUUCAUUAGUAAAGUCGCUGAUGAAGGGUCCCCAGCCCAUACUGGUUUCAUGGAAGACGUCAACAAUACAUUCAAGCACAUUCAAACUCGAUGUGAGAUUAUCAAACAAGAACAACAGGAAUUGAACCCGGAUGAACCAGAGGGGGAAGAGUUGAUUCAGUUGAGAGCACUAGAUGAAGGCACGGAAUUACAAGUGAACAUCCCGGCUGAAAACACUCCUCAGUACGAAAUCUUCAAGACUAAGUUAUCGCCCGAGUUCCAAGCAGCAAUCAUGACUCAGUCCUUGGAUGAAGUCAACAAAGAGUUUGCAAAAUUGAAAGUAGAUGAAGCUGAAAAAGUGUUGGAAGUGUUUAAUGAAUGUGGUGUGAUUGGUAUUACGGGAUACUUGGAGGAUGAACAGGAAUUCGAAGAGUUGAAGAAAGAAUACAAGGAAGAAAACGCAGAACCAGUCGAAGAUGUUGUAGAUUAAGUACAGAAAUAAAUGCAAUAGUAAAGUAUAGUAUAGUAGCCCCAUCUCUUUCUACUUUUCGCUUGCUUCCUACUUUCGUGCCAAUCGAGCCAAUGUUUCCAUAAGUGAUUGCGUGCUCGAUCCUCCUUGUUGCUGCUGCUGCUGCUGCGAUUGUUGUGGCUGUUGAGAAGAAUAGGAUGAUCCCUGUCUGUUUUGCAAUUGAGAAAGUAAUGCAUUUACUUGAUUGCCUCCCCCGUAGUUAUUACUGUAUUGUCCACCAUGUCCACCGUAUCCACCCUGGUUAUAGUGUUGCUGAGGAGGUGUUUGUUGUUGCUGCUGCUGUUGUUGUUGUUGUUGUUGUUGUAACAAGCUAAUCAUUCCCUGGACUUGGGAAGGAUUCAAUCCUUGCAAUGCCAGCAUCAACCCAGCUUGAUCCAGUUGGGUGGGAGCAGGUGCGGGGGCGGAGGCUUGCUGUGCAAACCUAUAUGGUUGCAGGGUAGGUGGUUGGAACUGAGGUUGAGAAGGAACAGGCUGGUUAUAUUGGUUAUAUGGAGAAGAACUCGAGCCAUAGGGUUGUGACUGAGGCUGUUGAUCCCAACCUUGAUUGGAAUACCCGCUUCUACCUCUGUCACGAUGCUUCCGAUCUCUUCCACCACGUUUUCCUCGCUUACGAUCUCUGUCAUAAUGGUUACUGUGCAUGGGUUCAUUAUAAUAUGGGUCAACUCCAUAAGGUUGUGGCUGUUGAUACGGUGCCGGCUCAGGGGGUGCAUUAUAACUAACAUCUUGAGGGUAAUAGGUUGGUGGGUUACCUCCAUACCGUUUAUUCUUGGCCUUGGCGAUCAAAUCAGCGCCCACUUCAGGAUCAACGUCAGCAUAUUCAUCAAACUUGAUUCCUCCAUCCGGGGUGCUUUCAAAUGUUUGCACGUCAACUUUGAAUUCCUUCACAACACAGGCACCAAGCACACCAGAAUAUGCAGCUUCACUAAUGACGUCACUGAGAUUACGAUGGGUGAUAUCUUCGGUGUCAAUCAUCACUUGACAAUUUGAAAAUGCCUUCUUGACCUGUCUGACAAAAAACACAGACGAUUUACCAGUAAUGUACACCAUACAAUCGACAUUCAUCUUUCUUCGUUUAUUCUGGGGAGACAAUUCAUCCUCUCGGACCCGUUCACGGCCCCUGGAACUCAAAUUAGGAUUAUUUAUCUCGGGUCUGCCAGGACGUCUUGACUUUUGUGGUUUGCUGGCAUCCAACCUUAAAAUCUUAUUGUGUAAAGGAACAUUGGUCUCUCCCUUAAUGCACUCCAAACAUGCCUCGGCAGUUCGAAACUGAACAAAGCCAUACCCGGCC